AUUUUAAGAAUUGUUGUCGUGAUCUUCUUCAUCAUCCACCAGAGAAUAUUCAAACACACCGCACCAGACACCACUCCUCUCCUCUGCUGCUUUCUCCACCAAACUCACUUUCUCUCACUCUCAAUCCAAUGGCCGCAUGUGGCUGCAUAUCUGUCUCCAACUUCAAUUGCCUCCUUGGCGCCAGAAAACUAUCCAAAUUCGCUUCUUCAGAUGCCACACUUUCCCUAUCAUUCGCUGCGAGCGACUCCAUGGGUCUUACUCUGCGACCCACUUCAACUCUUUCUCCUAAGAGAAACUUUUUCUCUCCCUUGCGCGUCGUUUGCGCCGAUUAUCCUCGCCCGGAGCUCGAAAACACCGCCAAUUUCAUCGAAGCUGCUUACUUAUCUUCCACGUUUCGUGCUUCUCCGCGGCCACAGAAACCCUUGAAGGUCGUUAUUGCCGGUGCAGGAUUGGCUGGUUUAUCAACUGCAAAGUAUUUGGCUGAUGCUGGGCAUACGCCUAUAUUGCUGGAAGCAAGAGACGUUCUAGGUGGAAAGGUUGCUGCUUGGAAAGACAAGGAUGGAGACUGGUAUGAGACUGGCCUGCACAUCUUCUUUGGGGCUUACCCUAAUGUGCAGAACCUAUUUGGUGAACUUGGCAUUAAUGAUCGGUUACAAUGGAAGGAGCAUUCCAUGAUUUUUGCUAUGCCAAAUAAGCCUGGAGAGUUUAGUCGAUUUGAUUUUCCUGAUGCCUUUCCCGCCCCAUUAAAUGGAAUAUGGGCAAUAUUGAGGAACAAUGAGAUGCUGACAUGGCCAGAGAAAGUCAAAUUUGCAAUUGGGCUUCUGCCAGCUAUGCUUGGUGGACAACCAUAUGUUGAGGCUCAAGAUGGUCUUUCUGUUAAGGAAUGGAUGGCAAGACAGGGAGUACCUGAACGAGUGACUGAAGAGGUGUUCAUAGCAAUGUCAAAGGCACUAAACUUUAUCAAUCCUGAUGAACUUUCAAUGCAAUGUAUAUUAAUUGCUUUAAACCGAUUUCUUCAGGAGAAACAUGGUUCUAAAAUGGCCUUUUUGGACGGCAAUCCCCCUGAAAGACUUUGUAUGCCAAUAGUUGAUCAUAUUCAGUCCUUGGGUGGUGAAGUUCAUCUCAAUUCGCGCAUUCAAAAAAUUGAGCUCAAUAAUGAUGGCACCGUGAAGAGCUUCUUACUAAACAAUGGGAAGGUGAUGGAAGGUGAUGCUUAUGUGUUUGCAACUCCAGUGGAUAUUCUGAAGCUUCUUCUACCUGACAACUGGAAAGGGAUUCCAUAUUUCCAGAGAUUGGAUAAAUUAGUUGGAGUCCCAGUCAUUAAUGUUCACAUAUGGUUUGACAGAAAACUGAAGAACACAUACGACCACCUUCUCUUUAGCAGAAGUCCCCUUUUGAGUGUAUAUGCUGACAUGUCAGUAACUUGCAAGGAGUAUUAUAACCCAAACCAAUCUAUGUUAGAGUUGGUUUUUGCACCAGCCGAAGAAUGGAUUUCACGUAGCGAUGAAGAUAUUAUUCAAGCCACAAUGUCUGAGCUUGCCAAACUCUUUCCUAAUGAAAUUUCCGCAGACCAGAGCAAAGCAAAGAUUCUCAAGUACCACGUUGUUAAAACACCAAGGUCGGUUUACAAAACUGUUCCAAAUUGUGAACCUUGUCGUCCCUUACAAAGAUCUCCUAUAGAGGGUUUCUAUUUAGCUGGAGAUUACACAAAACAAAAAUAUUUAGCUUCAAUGGAAGGUGCCGUUCUUUCAGGGAAGUUUUGUGCACAGGCUAUUGUACAGGAUUCUGAGCUACUUACUGCUCGGGGCCAGAAAAGAAUUGCUAAAGCGAGUGCUGUUUAACAAUUAUGGUACAGUACAGGAGCAACAUUUCAACCUUUGCUUUUGGUAUCUGUGAUCAGGAGACAGUCAACUAUAUCAAUUCAUACGAAGAAAGAAAGGUUCAGACUCUGAAAUUCAGCUAGACAGCGAUAAUAUGUGCACUAAGCUACAGGGAACAAAUGACAUGUGUUAGUCAAUAUUAUAGUUUGGGUCCACCUGAUAAGUGAUUUUGUAUUGGAACAGAAUGUGUCAUUCAUGUGCCAAAAUUGCAAGUGUACUGUUAUCGUAAAAUAAUAAAUUAUUGUUCUCUCCACAUGGACAGUGGUUUCUUUUUGUUCCUUCUAUGGGUUUUUCUUAGGCCAAUGACUUAUACACUCAUUCCGCUCCCAAUACUAUAAUGACUUAUACAUUGA